GGGUGCGUUGUCAAUCAAAGAACAACCCGCGAUCGGACCGGACAGUAGCACCAGCAACCAAAAGCGACCGCAACAGCUAGACCGCCGAAUGAUUCUUCGUUGGGUCAGGUCCUUUUCAUCGGCAUCGCUUUCACUGUCGUCCGCACCAGUUCUGGCAACAGCCGCCGCUCUGAAACCACUAGCCGAUAAAGCGCCGUUUCACAGCGUUAAGGAACUCCACCGCCACCGCUACCGCCACCAUCUUCCCGGGUCCAUACCAUUCCCUUUCGUCGAUACUAGGAUCGGCACCGCUUUGUUUUCGUCUCUGGCAACCAGCGACGACUCCAACGACAGCAGCAGCAGCAGCAGCAGCAAAAAAGCCAUGCCCCAGCCCCCCUAUCGAUACCAAAGCGCCUCCGGAAGCCCGCCCGUCGUCCUGGACCUGUCGGACCUCUCCACCACCAUCGCCGCGGCGGACGAGCAGCGCCAGGUCGCCUACGAAAAGUCCCGGGCCUUCCAGAAGGCCCUGGCGGCGGCCCAGACCGAUCUCGAGAAGAACGGGGGUAGCGCUGGGGACUCGCUCUCGGACCUCGAGGCCCUCCUGGCCGACGCCGUGGGCACCGGCGACGCCGAACGCCACCACCGGGCCCCCCGGAUCGCCAACCUGGCGCAGCGGGCGGAGGAUCUCUGCCGGUUUGCGGCCUUUCGGCACUUUCUGCGCACCGGGAAGCUCCUCCCCCCCUCGGCGUGCGGGUGCGAGGGCACGAGCAGCGCCCAAUCGGUUGGGCGGGAGCGACCGACGAGGAAUACCUGGUGGGGGCGUGCAUGGGCCUCGGCCAGGACCUGUCGCGGUACGCCCUGGGCCGGGCCACCGUCCGGGACGCAAGGAGCGUUUCCCAGGCCCGGGACCUCGUCGAACAGAUCCUGUCCUACCUGAUGGGCUUUGACUUCCGGAACGGCGUUCUCCGGAGGCGGUACGACGGGACCAAGUAUGCGCUCAAGGUAAGCAGGCUGGCUCCGGGCUUCUGCGUUUGCUUUUGUACCGCAAAGCGAUGCAAACGGAAACGACGAGUGUGGAGUGGAGAGACUGGAUCUUUCUUUUUCUCACCACGUUGUAUGCAAUCGAUCCAAUCGCUUUUCUCUGAUUGUCGAAUGAACAAAUCAUCUGUCUUUGCAGUCUCUAGAAACUCUGCUCUACGAGUUGUCGGUAACCGGUGCAUCGCUGGACGACGAGGAAGAACCAGAGGCGAAAAAAGCCCGCCUCGAAGACAACGACGACGGCACGCCAGAGACGGCAGUAACAUCGGCCCUCUCCGAGGAACUCGAUGCCCUCCGGCUCCGGUACGAGCACCGCGACGGCCUGCGGGAACAGCUCAUCAAGAAAUCCCGCGACGGGCAAAAGGCCGCAAAGCAGGCGAUCUAUGCGCUGCACCGAAAGGACUACAAGAAGGCGGCAAAGCUGAUCCAGGACUGCGAGAAGUGCAUCCUCGAAGACCUACUGCCGAUCGUCACGGAGGAACCCCCCCUCCGGGCCUCCAGCUACGCGGGCGUCGUCGAAGAGUACGUGGAGGCCAAGCUCUUUUAUUCCUGGUUGCUCGGAGCCGACGGAGAAAACACCGAACCGGAAACGAUCGACGGGACCCUCCUCUCCCCCGGAAGCUUUCCCAUCGCGCUCGAGCCGGGGGACUACCUCGGGGGCAUCUGCGACCUCACGGGCGAGAUCGGCCGCUUUGCCGUCCAGCGGGGAACCGCCCGGGACAAGGACGGCGUCUUUCGGUGCCUCGAGGCCAACCGGGCCGUCCUGGCCGCGAUCCGGUCCCUGGAGAAGCCGCCGGGGAACAUCUCCAAGAAGAUGGGCCAGCUCCAGCAGAGCGUCACCAAGAUCGAGCGGAUGGUCUACGAGCUGAGCCUCAGCGAGGCGGCCGGCAUGAAGCGGAACUCCGGCGUCGAGGAGGCCCCGGCCGACGAGGGGGGGUAGCCGAGCGAACACGGUACGCAUGGAAGGAUCGCAGCGCAGACAAAGGGAGGCCCAGCGACGCUCGAUGGGGAAGAAACGGGCGGCGUUUCGUCCUUGACAACGGAUUCGAAGGCCGGAACGCGGUACCAGCUAGAAAAGCAUUGAAAACUAUUACAACACUGUCCAACAAUCAGCUGCUUUGAUACUAUUCUAUAAAUACUUCGCCAACUA